AUGACUGAAGAAGAAAAAAAUGCUCGUAAAGAAAAACUAGUGUCCUUCCAUUGUUAUCUGAGAUCAUUCAGGAAAAGGUUCCCUCAGCAGCAGGGGCUUCCACUGCACAGAAAGGAACCUCAGGUGUCCACUAUGUUGCAUUUAAGUAAGGGGGAUUUUGUGUGGCUGGACACUGGAGGAGGGGUCCCAAUUGGGGCAGAGGUCAAGGUGACGGACACCGGACAGCUCCAGCUCAUCGACGAUGAAGGAAAGGGGCACAAGGUCAACAAGAAGAUAGAGGGUGCCAUCCGGCCCAUGCACCCCACCUCAGUGAAGGGUGUGGAUGACAUGAUAAGGCUCGGUGACCUCAAUGAGGCGGGGCUCCUCAGGAACCUCCUGGUGCGACACAAAGAGGGCAUCAUCUAUACGUACACAGGCUCCAUUCUGGUGGCAGUCAACCCUUACCAGCUGCUGCCCAUCUACACCACCGACCACGUGCACAUGUACACAGACCGACGCCUGGGUGAACUGCCACCGCACGUCUUCGCCAUCGCAGACAGCUGCUUCUUUAACAUGCGCCGCCACAAAAAGAACCAAUGCUGCGUCAUCAGUGGAGAGUCCGGAGCAGGGAAAACAGAGAGCACCAAACUCAUGCUGCAGUUCCUGGCUGCAGUCAGUGGCCAACACUCCUGGAUUGAGCAGCAGAUCCUUGAAGCAAACCCCAUCCUGGAAGCCUUUGGUAAUGCCAAAACCAUUCGCAACGACAACUCCAGUCGUUUUGGGAAGUACAUCGACAUCUACUUCACCAAGGGCGGGGCUAUCGAAGGGGCCCGCAUUGAACAGUACCUGCUGGAGAAGUCCAGAGUCUGUCGUCAGGCGCCUGAGGAGAGGAACUACCACAUCUUUUACUACAUGGUGAUGGGCAUGUCAGCAGAACAGAAGAAGAUUCUCUCCCUGGGCAAUGCUGCUGAGUACCACUAUCUGACCAUGGGUAACUGCACCAGCUGUGAAGGACGUGAUGAUGUGAAGGAAUAUGCCCAUUUCCGUUCAGCUCUGAAGAUCCUCAUGUUCACAGAAAACGACACUUGGGAAAUCUGUAAAUUGCUCGCUGCGAUACUUCACAUGGGCAACGUGGACUUUGAGGGCACUAUCAUACGUAACCUGGAAGGCUGUGAGAUCCACAAAUCUCCCAAUUUCAACAUGGCCAGCCAGCUUUUAGAGGUGGAUCCCAAAGCACUGGAGACUAGUCUGACUCAACGUUCCUUCAUGACCAACAGAGAGAUUGUGACCAAACCUCUGACCUCUGCUCAGGCUGUAGACGGAAGGGACGCCUUUGUCAAAGCUAUUUAUGGAAGACUUUUCAUUUGGGUGGUGGAUAAAGUCAAUGCUGCCAUUUACAAAUCUCUGUCUAAAGAUUCCACAGAGGUCCGACAGUCAAUCGGUUUGCUUGACAUCUUUGGCUUUGAAAACUUCACUACAAACAGCUUUGAGCAGCUGUGCAUCAACUUUGCCAAUGAGCAGCUGCAGCAGUUCUUUGUCAAGCAUGUUUUUAAGUUGGAGCAGGAGGAGUAUGCCCGUGAAAACAUAGUUUGGGAGCACAUUGACUACAAAGACAACCAGGUCACUCUGGAUGUACUGGCCAGCAAACCCAUGAACAUGCUGGCUCUUAUUGAUGAGGAAAGCCACUUCCCCAAGGGCACAGAUACAACCAUGCUGCAAAAAAUGAAUCAGUUCCAUGGGAAAGGGGGGAUUUAUCUUCCCCCCAAGAACAACUAUGAGACACAGUUUGGGGUCCGGCAUUUUGCUGGAGAGGUCUACUAUGAUUCCAAAGGUUUCCUUGAGAAAAACCGUGAUGCCCUCAGCACUGACCUGAUUCAAGUGGUGGAGACCUCCGCCAACAAACUCCUCAAACAGAUAUUUGAAAACGUCUUGUCUUCAGCUACUGUCAAGAGCUCCACCAACCCCAAGAUGAUCAUUAAACCCAGCGUAAACUCCCUCAGACAAGUAACUGAUAAUAAGAAGCGUGUGCCCACUCUGACCGGACAGUUCCGUCAGUCUCUGGACUCACUGAUGAAAACCCUGACCGUGUGCCAGCCUUAUUUCAUACGCUGCAUCAAACCCAAUGACUUCAAGAAGCCUCUGCUCUUUGACAGAGACCUGUGCAUGCGUCAGCUCCGUUACUCGGGUAUGAUGGAAACCAUAAGGAUCCGAAAGGCCGGGUAUCCUGUACGCUACACCUUUGAUGAGUUUCUUACCCGUUACAGGGUCCUUCUGAAAACGUACAUCUGUGAUCCCAAAAAGGAAAGUAAACAGAAAUGCUGUGAGAGCAUUUGUGAAACUGUACUGGCUGAAGAAGGUGACUGGAAGACUGGGAAGACCAAGAUAUUCCUCAAGGACUUCCACGACACUAUGCUUGAACUGGAGAGGAUGAAAUCACUCAACGAGAAAGCUCUUCUGAUCCAGAAGGUGUUGAGAGGCUACAAACACCGGAAAGGGUUCUUGAGGAAAAGGGCAGCUGCUCUUGUCAUUCAGAAACACUGGAGAGGACACAAGGGCAGAAAACUGUACAAAGUGGUCCAACUGGGCUUUGCGAGGCUGCAGGCACAGGUUCGCUCUCGCCAACUUCACUUCCAGUACAAGAAGAAGAGGGAGGCGGCCUUGGUGCUGCAAACCCAGAUCAGAGGAUACCUGGCCAGGAAGCAAUGGAAGCGCAAGAGGGACGCUGUUAUCCUUCUGCAAGCUCACACCAGGGGUGUACUCGCCAGGAAAGCUCUUGAAAAGAUGAAACGAGACAGGUACCUUUCUGAUAAAGAGAAAGAGGCGGAGCAGCGGGCCAUUUUGGAGAAGAAGAGACGUUUAGAGGAAGUGCUGAGGGAGAAGGAGAGAGAGGCCAAAGCCCAGCCCAAAUCAGCCGAGGAGAUGUUGGACAGCAUCUUUGACUUCCUGCCCAGCAUGGAGGGAGGGAGGGAGGGCCAAGCACCUGUGGGAUAUGAGAGCUUUGAGAGGAGAAGGAUGAUUUCUGAGGAGAUCGACAUAGAUGACAUCCCCAUAGAGGAGGAACUGCCCAAAGAAGAUUACGAUGACCUGGAUGAGUACUCUUUCCCCAAAUUUGCGUCCAUGUACUUCCAGGGUGCAGCCACCCCCACCCACAUCCGCCAGAGGCUUCGACAGCCCCUUCUGUACCACGAGGAUGAGGCAGAUGUCAAGGCCUCUCUGGCAGUGUGGUGGAUCAUUUUGAGGUUCAUGGGAGAUCUACCCGAGCCCAAGAAGCAGGUCCGGGCUCAACCAACCUCCAUGCAGGAUCACUUUAUGCCACAGGAGCUGCUUUCCAGAAAGAACAGACGUUUAAGCCACAUGGUGGGCCCGGAUCAGAGGUUGUUGCGGAAUAAAAAAGAGAGAAAGCCUUCUGCAAUACCAGAAGAACCAUCACAGAACAGAAAGAGCUCCAUUUUCACAGACCUUCUAUCAAGGAACAGAAAGGCUUCAGCAGCACCUGGUGACACAGCUCCAAACCCAAAAAUAUACACCGUACCUGAAGGCAGUCCUCGCACCAGGAAGGGAUCCACAUUCGCUGACCUGCUGUCGAGAAACAGAAAGACAUCCAGUGUCCCAGAAAGUGGAGUCCCCAGAGCUGCAAACUUCAGGAAACCCUCGAUCAUCAUGGAAGAGUCUGACGAUCUGACUGAAGUGUCCAAGCCCCCCACCAUUCAGACCGUACAGGAGGAAAGUGACGUCUUGAUCGGAGAAGGACCCACUCUGGACCGAACCCUAACAUCACUCGAAAAACUCCACAUCAUUGUGACAUACGCCAUUGUCAGACGGGACCUCAGGGAUGAGAUUUACUGUCAGAUCUGUAAGCAGCUUCAGGACAACAACAAUCGCAACAGUUACUUCCGUGGAUGGAUCCUUCUGUCCCUGUGUCUGGGUAUUUUCCCUCCGAGUGAACGUUUCAUAAAAUAUCUCCAGAGCUUCAUCCGAUUCGCUCCAGGUGGUUACCCCGCCUACUGCGCCGAACGGCUGCGUCGCACCGUCAUGAACGGAGUGCGAGGGGAGCCCCCGGCCUGGCUGGAGCUGCAGGCCAGCAAGACAAAAAAGCCCAUGAUUGUGUCUGUGAUGCUGAUGGAUGGUCGUUCCAUCAACCUGCCUGUGGACUCAGCAGUUACAUCCAAAGAAGUCUGUCAAAUCAUCACCAACAAAGUCAAACUCAAGGACACGUUUGGGUUUUCUCUGUAUGUGGCCCUUUAUGAAAAGGUGUGGGCGCUGGGCAGCGGCCGAGUGCAUGUGAUGGACGCCAUCUCCCAGUGCGAGCAGGAAGUGAAGAGGAGAGGAGGCCAGGAGCAGCACGCUCCCUGGCGUCUCUUCUUACGCAAGGAGGUGUUCACGCCCUGGCACGACUGCAAAGAGGACAAGAUGAGCACAAACCUCAUCUACAAACAGAUCAUUCAUGGUCUCAAGUUGGGAGAGUAUCCGACUCAGAAGGAGGAUGAUUUUAUUGAGUUUGCAGCAAAACAUUUAUACAUCACACACGGCUCCGACAGCAGUCCGGAGCAUGUGAAGGAAGCUGUGCAGGAAUGCAUCAAAAACACUCUGCUGGAGGCCAAGUCAGAGGCCAAAUGGGUGCAAAUGGUCAGCAGUGCUCACGCUCAGGGUCAGUAUCUGACCUCCAGGCAGAAAGCAGAUGAAGUGAAGGCAGAGAUGGUCGACUAUGCCCGAGAGAAGUGGCCCAUGUUCUUCUCCAGGUUCUUCGAGGUCACUAAACUGUCAGGGCCGUCGCUGCCAAAGAGCCAGUUCAUAGUGGCUGUAAACUGGACCGGUAUCACAUUCCUGGAUGAGAGAGAAAAGAGACUGUUGGAGCUCAGCUUCCCUGAAGUGACCGGAGUCAACAUCACCAGGGAGGGGAAGGGGACGGGCCCCUUGGUGUGUCUGGUGACUCUGAAAGGGGACUUCACUCUGAGUGGAUCCACAGCUGAGGACAUGGCAGAGCUGAUCACUAUGUUCCUGAGUGGACUGACAGAGCGAUCUCAGUACGCUGUGACCCUAAAGGAGGUGGACAGACAAGAUGACCCCACAUUCCUCAGCUUCACAAAAGGAGAACUCAUCAUCAUUAUUAAGGAUAACGAAUUUUCUGAGCAGCGUGGUGGUUGGAUAAAGGGCCGAAAGGAGAGCACGGGUAAAACCGGAGCCGUCCCCCUAGAGGCCAUCUUAAUCCUACCGACGCUCAGCAAACCCACCAAUGAGGUCAUGAGUCUCCUCAACCUGCCUCCGAACCAGAGGAAGACCAUGAUAGAGGCGAACCCUCCGGUCACAGGUACCAUGCAGAGAAUGGCUCUUGCCACGCUCAAAGAAUUCUCCGUGCAGUACUUCAGGCAGCCCACUAAGGACGUGAACCGCCAGGUGAUCUCCAGGAACGCAGCUCCGGAGAAGCUGUGGGUGAACUCCAGAGAGCCGCUCAGACAGCCCCUCCUCCAGAAGCUGGUGGGCAACCCAGACCUCAGCCACAAAGCCUGUCUGGCCUUCACUGCGAUCCUGAAGUACAUGGGCGACUACCCCACCAAGCAGAUACAGAGUCCACUGGAGCUCACAGACCAGAUCUUUGGCCCCGCUACUCAAAAUGUGGAGCUCAGGGAUGAGAUCUAUUGUCAGAUCAUGAAGCAGAUGACCAGCAAUAACAACAGGUUCAGCAUGGACCAGGGCUGGCAGCUGCUGUGGCUCUGCUGUGGCCUGUUUCCUCCCAGUCAGCCUCUGCUGAGGCACGCUCAGCGAUUUCUGGAGUCGCGGCGUAGAGAGUCGCUGGCCUCUGACUGUCUGCAGCGGCUGCAGAACUCUGUGAGGACGGAGCCCAGGAAGCUCCCACCGCACCAAGUGGAGGUGGACGCAAUCCAACAGAACAGCACACAGAUCUUCCAGAAAGUUCACUUCCCCGACGACACAGAUGAGAUAUUUGAAGUCGCCACCAGCACCAGGAUCAAGGAUCUCAUCCAGAACAUCGGCAACAAACUCAAUCUGGUUUCAUCUGACGGCUUCAGCAUCUUUGUCAAAACACAAGACAAGUUCCUCAGUGUGAAUGACACCGACUACUUUUUUGACAGUCUGAGACAAAUCACUGACUGGUCCAAAAAAGCCAAGAGGAUCAAAGAUGCUGGAGGUCCAGUCAACAUGUCCUACGCCGUGUUCUUCAUGAGGAAACUGUGGUUUAAUGUGAUCCCUGGCAGAGACACAGAGGCUGAUGUUAUCUUCCAUUUCCCUCAGGAGCUGCCAAAGUACCUGAGAGGCUAUCACGUUUGCACCAAAGAGGAAAUGGUCAACAUCGCUGCUCUGCUCUUCAGGAUCAAAGCCGGCGCUGACAAAUCCCAGUUGGUCAUGAUUCCCAAGAUUCUGAAGGAUCUGGUUCCUGCUGAUCAGCUGAAGGCCAUGUCUGAAAAUGAGUGGAAGAAGAGUAUUGUUGCUUCUUUCAACAAAUAUGCAUCUAUCACCGUCGACGAAGCCAAGGUGGUGUUUUUGAAGGCAAUUUACCGCUGGCCCACGUUCGGCUGUGCGUUCUUUGAAGUGAAGCAAACAUCAGAACCCAACUUCCCAGAUAUUGUGCGAAUUGCGAUCAGCAAACAAGGACUCACAAUCAUCCACCCCAAAACUAAGGAUGUUCUUGCAAAUCACCCAUUCAACCGAAUCGCUAACUGGUGCAGUGGAAGCACCUACUUUCACAUGACUGUUGGCAGUUUAAUCAAGGGCAACAAAUUCCUGUGUGAAACCUCGCUGGGCUACAAGAUGGAUGAUCUUAUAACCUCCUAUGUCAACAUGUACCUCAGAGAGCAGAGGGCAGUGCAAACCAGGAACCAGCGCUUCAACAUGUGAACCUCACAGUCUGUAGUGGAGGUGUACUCUGUAGGCUCAUAUUUUAACCAACACUAAAUAUAUUACUAGUUCACACAUACAAAGAGCCAGAGCAGCUUUUAUUCAGCUUUAUUUGUCUGAUGU